AUGAAAGUCCUCAAGCAGCUGUUCGCCACGAUGAGUGUGCUUGCCAUGUGCUGUACCUCUCGUGCUCACUAUGAGCUGGGCGAAAAUAUGGUUCGUCGCACAAACGAGUUGACAAGGAAGGAAAAUAAAAACCAGACGGUAUACGACAUUGUCAACAAAUGGGAUCUCGAAAACCUGACCAUCGCUGCUGUUCGUGCCACACCGGUGAACUGGCCUCUUCCAAUGCUCAACAAGAACUGGGAUGGUGUAACUCUUGACCUGAACGCCACUGUCGAGUUAGGUGUCAAUCUGAUCAAAGAAGCUGCGGCGAAUCAGGCGCGUGUGGUUGGGUUUCCUGAGGUUUGGUUUCCAGGUUACCCUAAAGCAGCAAUUGACAAUGAAAUCUAUGUUGGCCUAUCAUUCUCUGAAAAAGACGCCGCCCAUUUGUACAUGGCGCAGGCCCUAAUCGCCCCAGAUGGAGAGAUCCUUAUUGAUCGACACAAACUGAGACCAUCUGCACAAGAGAGAGAUCUCUGGACUGAUGGGACACUAGAUCAAAUCUACGCUGUCACUACUCCUAUCGGUCGAAUUGGCAUGUUGUCCUGUGGAGAGCACACGGCCCCUGAAGUGACUUUCAUUAUGCAAUCUCAGACUGAGGACAUUCAUAUCGGGUCUUGGCCUCUAGUUCCAGACUUUGGAAAUGCCUCUCUGACAUACGAGUCCGCUGAAGUGAUUACCGCACUCGGUCGUGUAUACGCCAUUUUGGGUGAUGCAGUCGCCCUCCAAGCGGGCAUCGGUACAGCAACUAUUUUUCCUGCUGGAUCCUCGGCUGUCUGGUCGCAGGUCACUGCAAAUGCUUCAUUUAAUGAAAUUCCUCUCGUUUAUCAGUCAUUCAACGCCACCGAAUUUUCGAACACGACUUACAAUACCGAUGGUGAGAUGUCGUGGGGGUCGCUACAAGGUAUCAAUCAGGGGUUCCCAAAGUACAUUCCGCAGAAGACUGGAGAGUUUGUGGCUUGGCAUCAGGAUCUUUUGAACACUUUGUAUGACCAGUCAGUUGUUUGA